CUCCGCGCCGGCCCCCAAGCUGGGAAGCGCGCUGGAUUCAGCCCCCGGGUCGCCACCUCGCGACCCCCAGUAUGUCAGAGGCAAAGAGCCCCCGCCAGGACCUCAUGCGAUGGAAGAAGCAGCCGGUGCGCCGCACGGUCAGCCAGAUCUGCCCGCCGCCGCGGCGGCCCCUGACCGUGGCCGACAUCCAGCCGGGCAUGGAGAACGAGAGGCUGGGGGUCGUGCGGGAUUCCAUGUUUCAGAACCCGCUCAUCGUCAAGGCUGAACUUGGGAAGCCCCGGGAAAGAAGCUACCGUCUGCCUGGAGUUAAUUUUAAUUAUGGACUCUACAUCCGGGGGCUGGACGGAGGGGUCCCUGAAGCCAUUGGACACUGGAAUGUGUUUAAACAGCAGCCCCCUUGCCCCCACGAGCUGACCCGAAACUAUAUCGCCAUGAACCGUGAGGCCGUGAGAGCUUGCCUGGUAACUGCCCCGGAGAACCUCCUCUACCGUCAGCUCAAUGACAUCCGCAUCAGUGACCAGGAUGACCGGCGGGUCAAGAAGGAACCACCCUCUCUCCCUCCAGAUAUGACAUUCGGGAUCCGGUCACGGCCUUCCACCCCCUUCUUUGACCUACUGCAGAACCGGUACCAGCAGCUAUGGGUGCAGGAACAAAAGGCCACUCAGAGAGCCAUUAAACUGGAGAAAAAGCACAAGGUGUUCUUUGGGAAGUUGUAUGAGACCAGGAGCAGUCAGCUGAGGAAGUACAAACCGCCUGUGAAGCUGGACGCCCUGUGGCACAUGCCUCGCUUCCAGAAGGUGGGCCCCCAUCUCGAUACCUUCCCCACCGAGGCUGAUCGCCAGAGAGCAUUCAAAGCCCACCGGGAAGAGUGUGCCGUGCGCCAGGGGACCCUGCGGAUGGGCAACUACACCCACCCCUAAAGCCUUCUUGACAUAGUAGAAAAUUCCACAUAAGACACCAACUCACAUAAGACACUCCCUAUUUUUACAUGGGCUCUGUUUCUGCCAGGACCUCAGAUUCAGGUCUUAGGUUAAUUAUUUUUGUUAACAGUCCCCCUCCUUAGGUUAGCCAACACCAGCUCAGCUUAGCCCCAGCAACCUCUACCUAGGGGCUUCCCUUCCCAUGGAAGGCCCCCCACCUCUCUUCAUAAGCCCUCACCUGACAAGAGAAACCCAAAUUCCAAGGCAAAUUUUAGACUCCAGGCUAAGGAUUGGUUUCAAGGCUCUGCCCAUUAAGCGUUAAGAACAACCCAGGUAUUUCCUGCAGAAAGCAUGACAGUAACACUCUGAAAGCCAUCAUUUUAUAUUCCAAACAUGAGUUUUAACUGCUCUUUGGGGGAUGCCCGACGUCUCACUGGGAGCUUGGCAGGAAGACCUAAUGCUUGCCCCCACCUCCUCCAUGGGCCGCCUUCUCAACCAGGCAGGACAAGAUGGGCUUCUCCACUCAGACUGAGCCUUGCGGGCAAGUGGGCGGGCUGAAAGGGCACAGGCUGAGGAAUUCUCAGCCAAACUCCUGGGCAGUUCUCACCUCAACCUUUCUGCAUUUUCUUUGGCUUCUCCCCACAAAUUAUA